GUGACAAUCUCUCUAGCUAGAUCAGUGUUUUUCCUACUUUGAAUUUUCUCCUUCUUCUCUUCUUUAACUUUUUCUAACCACAUUGUUUUUCUCUCAAAGUUUUAAAUUUUGUUUUUCGGAUUAGCAUUUUCUUCUAGUUUAUAGUUGAAUUUUUUUAAGAGACGAUGAAGGAAAGUGUGGGAAACCCUUUGCACCUUAAGUCUGUGAACCAUAUCUCCCUCAUAUGCCGAUCAGUGGAAGAAUCAAUGCUUUUUUACCAGAACGUUCUUGGUUUUUCCCCAAUCAGGAGGCCUGGCUCUUUUGAUUUUGAUGGGGCAUGGCUAUUCGGCUAUGGUAUUGGAAUUCACUUGCUAGAAGCUGAGAAUCCAGAGAAUUUGCCAAAGAAGAAGGAAAUUAAUCCAAAAGAUAAUCAUAUAUCUUUUCAGUGUGAGAGCAUGGGAGCAGUGGAGAAAAAGCUGAAGGAGAUGGAAAUAGAUUAUGUGAGAGCAACAGUAGAGGAAGGUGGGAUCCAAGUAGAUCAAUUGUUUUUCCAUGACCCAGAUGGUUUUAUGAUUGAGAUAUGCAAUUGUGAUAGUCUUCCUGUGAUUCCCUUGGUGGGUGAGGUGGCAAGAUCAUGCUCUCGUGUGAAUCUUGGGAUAAUGCAGAAUCAACAGCAGAUGCAGAAAAUGGUCCACCAAUUGUGAGCCUUCUGUUAUUGUGGAUAACAACAUUGAAAAUUCUCAUGUAUCACGAGGAAUUACUGUCUUUUUUGUGUUGUCUAGUUGUCAUUGUACCAUGCUGUUCCUUUUGUUCUGUUUCCUUUGUGUUCAUUCACUAAAUUGUUGUUCCUCACCAAAAUUGAGUUGCCAUUUUGCGUCUAUCAGGGGUGUUUGCUUUCUGGUAUUUGUUUCUAAUUUAAUAAUAAUGUGAUUUCUGGUAAAGUGCGUGCAUUGUAACCUUUUUUUGUCCAAGUGACCCACGAAUUGAAUAAUUAAUUGUACCUGGUUUAACUAGGGACAACUU